AUGUUUUUCACGGACCCUCAUACACAAGCAAAGAAGAAACGGUAUAUUGGAUCUGUCAAAACAAACAUCGGCCAUCUUGAAUCUGCUGCUGGUGUUGCUGGUCUUAUUAAGGUUUUGCUCAUGAUGAAGAACAACAAGAUUGUUAAAUCACUUUUUACAGACAAAUUGCAUCCAGAUAUUGAUUUUCAAAAAUUCUGCUUUGUUAUUCCUACUGAUUUAAAAGAUUGGGACAGAAAAAGGAAACUUGCUUGUGUAAACUCCUUUGCGUUUGGUGGAACUAACUGUCAUGCCAUUCUUUCAUCCUACACUGAAAUAACAACAGUAAUUGAAAAAGGACAUGUGUCAAAACGGCCUUUGAUGUUUUUCUUUUCUGGACAAGAUCAGAAAGGUCUUACAGACAGCAUCACAGAAUUUCUCAACUUCGCUGAAACAGAAACUGAAAGAAACCUGCUGUCUAUAUCAUAUUCAUCAACAGUGAGACGUGAUCAUUUUCAAGUGAGGAAAGCUGUUAUUGCAACUUCUUUGAAAGAACUAGCUAACAAACUGAAACGUGUCAAGAUGUUAGAAAUUUCGUACAAACCUAAGAGGCUGAUUUUUGUCUUUGGAGGAAUGGGUAUAGCUUGGAUGGGAAUGUGCAAGGAACUUAUGUCUGAGUUUCAAGUAUUCAAAGGAAAGAUCCAAGAGAUUGACAGCUAUUUAAACGAGUAUGUCACUUGGUCUCUCUAUGAACGACUUCUAGAUGACUACAAUGUACAAGACACGAUGUUUGGCCCAGUCGCCACGUUUGCAUGUCAGGUUGCACUAGUUGCACUCUGGAAACACUUGGGAAUCAAACCGGACUGUGUUCUUGGGCAAAGUAUUGGUGAAGUAGCAGCCUCACAUAUCGCUGGAGUUUGGUCACUGAGUGAAGCAGUGAAAAUUAUAUUUCAUCGAACUGUCGUGUUAGCAAAAUCUAUUGGUGGGAAAAUGUUGUUGGUACGCAAUAAACCAGUGGAAAAACUUGAAAUGAUGUUAACUAAAUAUGAAGGCAGAGCAAACAUUGGAUUGUACUACAGUCCCAAGUCAUGUGUUAUUAGUGGAGACACUGAUGCUGUUGACCAAAUUGAAAAGGAACUUCUGACAUCUCCAACAGACGAGAAACAUGGAAUUACUCUUCACACACUUCGAUUACAGACUGCAUUUCACAGCCACCAUACAGACAAUGCAAAACAAGAGAUUGAAAGAAAGCUUGUGGGUAUGCAAGGAGAUAGUCCAGAUAUAGAAAUUAUCUCAACAGUUAGUGGCGAAAAGGCACAGGAAGAAGACUUUUCAACAUCACACUACUGGGGAAGAAACAUUAGAGAUCCAGUACAAUUUGGGAAAGCUGUUGUCAAUGCUGCUAAAGAAAAGAGUUUUAAUAUAUUUGUUGAAAUUGGGCCAAAGCCAGUGUUAGAUUCUGGCAUUAACGAUUUGUUCACUGAGGAUAAUAUUGUUGCUGUUCCUUCAAUGAAAAGGAAUUCUGAGCUGAAUUGCUUAUUGGAAACAGCUGGCAAAAUGUAUGAGCAUGGACUGAAUAUUACAUGGAAUUCCCUGUAUGACAGACCACACCAGAAUACAGAAUACCCAAAGUACAGAUUCUAUACAAAUAAACACCUGUAUGUAUCUGAAGAUCUUCGACAAGAGUUGAUGGGUAUCCAGCCAAAGACAAAUUUGCACCCUUUUCUGAAGACAAUUGACCACAGCGGUGAACAUAAAAUUAUUUUGUCACCAAAAUCAUUUGCCAGUGUCUAUGAACACAGAUUUUCUAAAAACAUUCUAAUUCCCGGUGCACUGUAUGCAGAAGUGGGCUUAGUUCUUGCACGCUUCUACUUGAAAGAAAGUAAAAAACUCCAAAACUGCAGUAUUUCCUUGAGAUUCAAACAACCAGUCUUGUUACAAAGAGAAAAAACUGAACAACUUGAUAUUGAUGUUACGAAAACGAAUAUACCAGAAUCAUUUAACUUUGUUAUACAUAAACAGAACCAUGUGUAUGCUGAAGGAAACGUUGAGAGGGAACAUUCUUUUGAAAACAUAACAGUCGAUAUUGAAUAUGUGAAAAAAAGAUGUAGGCAGACCGUUACAAAACAAGAACUGUACUCAUCUCUUCAAAAUGGUGGACUGUCUUUUGGAGAAAUACUUCAACUUGUUGGAAAUUCCUUAAAAGGUAAAACAGAGGUCUUGUCACAUCUGUCAUUGAAUCCAUCUAUCAAGGAUGAAAUGAAAGAAACAACAAUUCACCCAGCAAUUUUAGAUUCUAUGCUUCAGACUACAGGCUGUUUCUACCAACAGGGAUCAGAAAGACAGAGAGCUUUGCCAAUCCAAAUAGAAGGUCUCAGAAUACUAAGACCUGUUGAAGAGAAAAUGCUUGUGUACACAACAAUUCUGAAACGAACCAGUUCCAUGAACCUAUUUCGUAUAUCUCUCAUGUCACUAGAAGGAACUGUAAUAGCUGAUAUUGAGAAAUUUGUUACUAAAAACCUGGGUGCACAGAAAGAUGAAAUGAUGUUUGAUACACAAUGGAGUCCAAUCAAAACACUACUUAAAUAUGAUAUUCAGAUGGAUCCAUCAGAGAAAUGGCUGAUCAUAGGUAACAAGAAUCAAAACACUGUUACAAAUGACCACAUAAAUUUUGAAUCCCUAGAUUUUGACAACUUGGAAAGAUAUUCAGCAAUAGUGUUUUCUUGGCAGCGGCAAAUUGAAGAGGAUCCAUCCAGUGAGAAACUCCUAGAAGAAAUCACCAGGCAGGCAAUGACUCUGAAAAGUCUGUUGCUGCAGCUCCACACUCAUAACGCAAGUAUUCCCUUGUUCAUUGUAACAGAAAAUGCUGUACACAUUGGAAACAAAGUCUCGUCAAUAGAUCUGGUGGCUGGAUCCUGUUGGGGAUUUGUAAGGUCAGUACUAAGAGAACAAGUCUACAGAAUGGCUACCAUUGUUGAUCUACAUACAGAUGAGAAUAAUAAUUUUGAAACCUUAAUGCAUGCGUCAAUACAACAAUUGAUGUCAGAAGAUAAACAAGGACUUAAUGAAUUUGUUGUUGAUGGAAAUUCUAUUUGGUGUCAGCAAGUCUUUCCAAAUGAUGAUAUGCCAUUAUAUCGAAACAACAAGCUUGAUACACUCUGCAAAGCAAGUCUGUUGUCAAGGAAUAAAGACAGUCUUUCAAAACUAUACUUUACCUAUGACAGUCAAGAGGCACAAUGUGAUCUACCGCAGCCUGUAGAAAUCAUGACAACAAGAGUUGUUAUGCAUGACUCACAUUUGUAUCCACAGUGUUUCCCAGAUUCAAACGUAGUCACUCUUGAAUUUAUUGGAAAACUGUCUACAGGAAAUGAUGAUCAGCAAAACGUGGUAGCGUUCUUUCCAUCCAGAGUUAAUACAUUCAUGACAGUUCCAAAACAAUGUGUUAUUGAGAUCACCAACAUGCCAUGUUAUGCACCAGGACUUGUAACAACACUUGUUUUGUUUUGGCACCACUGCAUGCUAAUUGACAAUCAAACAGAAACAUCAAAUACAACGUAUAAAAUGUUUCCAAGGUGGAUUUGGAAGGCGGACUCCGACAUGACAAAUGUCAUGGAAAUAUUCAUUAUUUAUUCUAAUGUUACUCGUUUUGUGGCAGAGGCACUUUCCAUUAUGCUUAAGGCAGUAAAACGAAAUUCUAACAUACAAAUAGUUGAUAUCAGCAGUUCUGGUUUAAUACCAAGCUAUUCUGAAGCGGUCAUUGUGUCAACCAUUCAACUAGACAACCAAACAAUUAAAACAAUUUGCAACAUGUGGCCUAAAGCAAAAUGCCUUGUCUGUAUGGAUCAGAUGCUACCAAGAAUUGCCAACCUACAACUGUAUCAUCAAAAUCUAAAAUUGCAAAUACAAGUUGUCAGGACCAGUGACAUUUUCACACCCAGAUCAGCAAUGGACACCAUGCCCAAUCUAAUAACAUGGAUUCUGGGUCACAAGAGUGAAGUCAUAACUAUUGCUGAAACACUCCAACACGUUGCUCCCCAACAAAAAGAAACAAAUUUGGCAAAAUUGAUACAAAACUCAACAAUUCAACUUCGUGAUAAUUAUGGACAAAACAUCCAAAAUGUUCUUGCUUCAGAGGAUGCCUUGCUUCGUCUAGAUGGUGUAUAUAUUGUAGUUGGUGGUCUGACAGGGCUUGGUUGGGAAUGUGUCCAAUUCCUGGCAAAACGAGAAGCUGGGGCAGUUGUCAUAAUGAAUCGCCGAAAGAUACAAGAGGAUAAAGUACAUGAAAUAGGAAAGAUUGAACAAGAAUAUGGUUGUGAAAUAAAUGUCAUGCAGGCCGAUGUGACUAACAUGUCAUCUCUGAAAAAGGUAUUUAAAACAAUUGAAGGCAAAUUUCCAAGAAAACAGUUAAAAGGUGUCUAUUUUGGAGCAGGUGUGCUUGAAGACAGAACUUUGAUCAAUAUGUCACGAGAUACAUUUAUGAAGGUUGCAGCACCCAAGAUACAAGGGGCUUGGAACAUGCAUUUACUUACAAAAAACAAGCCUCUUGAUUUUUUCAUCAUGCAUUCGUCAGUAACAGCAGUGUUUGGUAAUGGUGGUCAGUCCAAUUAUGGAGCAGCCAAUGCUUUCCUGGAUUCAUUAGCACAAAAACGCAGACUAGCUGGACUUGUGGGGCAGAGUAUUAACUGGGGACCUCUGCGUCUUGGGAUGCUGCAAGAUAAACCAGAUGUUGUGAACACUUUAGAAGAACAAGGAUAUAUACCACUUAGCACAGAGGAAAUCCACAAAUGUCUGAAGUCAAUACUCAUGCUUGACAAGCCUAUCAUCAUUGCUGCUAAAUUCAACUCCAUCAAACUGGCUAAUAGUAUAACAAAUGAGAAAAAUAUGACUGUACAGUUCAAGUUAAGCUUCAUACUUGAUGUUCCAACCCUGGAGAAUUUACCAGAGGAAAAAUUCAGCAGGAAGCAUCUUAUUGAUCUAGAACAACUAAAAGUUGCCGACACUGGCAUUAGGUUGGAAACAAUUAGAGAAUACAUAACAGAAUUACUCACAGAUGUACUUGGCCUUAACAAAGUAAUUCUUGAAUUAGACACGGGUGUUGAGAACUUGGGACUGGAUUCUAUGCAAGCAAUGACCAUGAGCAACCAAAUCCAUCAAACCUUCCAAGUGCGGAUUACGCCAAAUGGGUUGCUCCAGCAAAAUCUUUCAGUGAAUGAAAUUGCAGACAUUAUUGAGUCAGAAUUCACGACCUCUGUUGAUAAUAUUUUAAGAUCAGAUGUUUCUUCUCUAGCUACUGAACAGACACUUACUUAUAUGGAAUACACUUUCUAUAAGAUUUACUGCAAAAAUCCUGCUGAUCCUAGUUUGUAUUACGUCAACGAGAUCUCGAUACCAGAAUCAGUAGCUCAAACAGAACUAUGGAAGAAAAUAGCUGAACAACUUAUGCCACGGCAUGAAGUUCUGAGGACAACAUUUGAAAAGGUACCUGAGACUGAAAAUAUCAGAUGGAAUGUGAAAAGAAACAUUAACCCAGUUGGAAUGGUACCUGACUUCAGAAUAGUGGCAGCAGAAGAUUUGGAUGAGAUAGAGAAACACACAGCAGAAGCCUUCCAAUUAGAAACAAAAGGCCCACUCCGCUUCAUUUUCAUUCGUGGUAAAAUAUGUCACUUCAGAACAGUAUACAAUAGCAUUGGAUUUGAUAUGCAAGGAAUUGGAGUAAUUUUCAAAGACAUGGUGGAUAUAUUUCUUUUAAUCCAACAUGGCAUAAAACUGGAAGAUAUACAGACAGUAGGAGGAAGUCAGAUAGUAGUGGAAAUGGAGAAGGUCUUGCAGGAGAAGGGUCAAGCAUUGAAGGAGUUCUGGAAAGAUCGGCUUCAUGUAGAGAUUCCUGCAAUUACCUUGGGUACCCCAGAACUACCAAAUACAUUGGAAUCAGGAUCAGUUCAGGGAACACUAGAACCUGCUGUUUACGAUGCACUACUUGACUUAUCAAAGUCCAAAGGCUUAAGCAUUUUUAAAUUAACUACCAGUUUCUACCAACUGCUUUUUCAUCUUAUCACCGAAGAAAGAUAUGUGGCAAUUUCGACAUUAGUCGACGUCAAACAGUAUAUUCCAAAUGCUAGUAGUGCUGUUGGACUUGGAAUAAAUUACAUUCCUUUGCUAGCCGAAUUCCAAUCAGAUGAUGUUAGUGUUGAGGAAUUUCUCCAGAAUAAUAAAACUGCACUUCAAACAGCAAUAGACCAUUGUGUGUGUCCACUGGACAUCAUUAGAGAACUAGUAGGUUCUGAAAAGAUCACAAAUAUUACCAGAAACAAAGUUGUGAUUGUUGAAGAUGAAUUUGUGACACCUUUGUUAAGACUAUCAAAUGAUGCAGGCUACACAUUCGAAGUGACAAAGUCAGAAGACCUGGGAACUCUCACAGACACACAAUUUAGCAUGUGGAGCAGAACCAAAGAAAAACAAAUGACAUUUGUCUUGACAUACAAGUCAAACAUUUUAUCAAAGAAUCGUGCUAGAAAUAUCAUGAAGGCCUUUGAGGAAAUUGUUACUCAAAUAACCAGUGAUAUUUCAGUUACAAUUGCAAGUCUACGGAACAUGGCAAGUAUUACAAAGCUGAGAACAGAUGGCAAUCAAAACUAUACAGAUGACACAGUUAUGUGAAAUUCACGAGGUCUUAGAGACAUAGGACAUAUGUAUAUAGUAAUAUGAGCUGUACUGAGGUCAAAAUAUCAUCAAGCAAAGCAUAGACUCUAAUGGAAAUCUAGUGGAACAGAGUUGGAAUUUGACCGUUGAUCAUCAACAGCUGAUGUCAUUUACAGAUUACUAAAAUCAGACCAGAUCACAUUUAAUUUGAACAUGAGACAUUGCAGAUGGAAAAUGUACCUCCAUCACUCCAACAGAAUAAUAUGUGUGGUUCCAAUUGCAUAAGAAAGAAAAAAUUAGGGUUGGUAGAUCGGGCUGAAAUCGGGUUUUCUUAGGAAAUGUAUUUAACUUAGGUAGGCAUUGUAUAAACAUCUUUUAAAGAUGUAUAUAGCAAGAGAACAAGGUUUUCAUUAAGUUUAAUUAUAUUUAAUAUAAUAUUUAAAACAAAAUAUUUUUAAAUGAUGUUAAAUUGGGCUGUACAAUUAAUAUAGAUGUAUAUAUGUGAUACAAAGCAAAACAAUUAAACACCAUGAGAAACAAGUCUUUGAAUGAAAAGUUUUUAUAUCUAUAUGUCAAGUUUGACAUCGAACAACAAUAAAAUAAAGUUUUUAAAAAAUUAAUAUUACAAUACACGGAAAGUUUUAUUUUAUUAACUAUUUUAGUGUAUAACGUUUUGUAUAAUAGUAUUAUAGAUCACUACAUUCAGAUCUAAACAUGGUGGAAAACAUACAAAAUGAAAAACUAACAUUCACUGUAUAUGUGUGUGUGUGUUUGUAUAUAUAUAUAUAUAUAUAUAUUCUAUAAAUUAGUAUGUAAUAAAAAGUUCCACAGGCCGAGUGGUUUUAAAAUAUUGUUGUAUUGAUAUUUAAACCUUUUGUAGUAUUGAUUUAUUUUUAUUUUUAAAUCAUCAUGCUAAGGGGAGCUAACAUAUUACUCUCCUUGAUGUAGUCUCAGGGGCAUGUUGGCAUGCCAGAAUCGACUGCCUUUAAAGGGCGAAGUCUGUUUUUAAUGAUUACAAGAAAGUAGUGGCCACAAUAAAUAAAACAUUAUCAGUAUUCCUUUCAAACAACUGGUGACUCAUAAUCCAGUUUAGAACCAUUACACCAAGCCUAAAUUGAUGUAAUCUAAUUCCUUUGUGUGGGGGAAAUAAAAGAUACUAUUUGCUGACAGUUGGCAUUUUAAAGUUGAAAUCUGAUAUUGUUAACUUAUGUUUAUCAUAGAUUAAAUAUUAUAUACAUUCAAGCAGAAUGGACAAUGUGCUUCCAAAUUCCAGAUCAUAUUUAGAACACACCGUUUCAUAAACUUAUUUAGACUUUUUAUCUAUAUUCUUCAAUACACUGUAAAUUGUAUAUAUAUAUUUUGUAUUUUCAUUUUAUAUUUUAUAACAAUUUAAUUUAUAUAUACAUGUAUUUAUAU